GGGCCCGACCACUCUGGGCUGCGCUCCUCGCUCGCCCUCGGAUUCGGCUCCCGCGGCGAGCGGCCGCCCUGCCCGCGUCUAGCCCCGACCUGCCGGGCUCCCCGCGCCGGACCUACCACCUCGGCUCCCCGGGGACCGGACGGAAGCCGCAAGCAGCACAACCGUGUGUGGAGCGGACCCAGGAGAUGAAAUGACAACGCCAACCCUCCAGGUAGCGGAGGGAGCUGCAGCUUGAAAAUAGUAGCCAACGCUCUUUUACACCUUUCCUCAUCUCUUCAAUCUGAAAGCCAUCGAUCUGGUGACAAAAGCUACAGAAGAAGAUAAAGCCAAGAAUUACGAGGAGGCACUCCGGCUCUACCAGCAUGCCGUGGAAUAUUUCCUACACGCAAUCAAGUAUGAGGCGCAUAGUGAGAAGGCCAAGGAAAGCAUUCGAGCCAAGUGUAUGCAGUACCUAGACCGGGCAGAGAAGCUGAAGGAUUACUUACGAAACAAAGAGAAGCACGGCAAGAAGCCAGUCAAAGAGAACCAGAGUGAGGGCAAAGGCAGUGAUAGUGACAGUGAAGGGGAUAAUCCAGAGAAAAAGAAGUUGCAAGAACAACUGAUGGGUGCUGUUGUGAUGGAUAAACCCAACAUUCGGUGGAAUGAUGUUGCUGGACUGGAGGGGGCCAAGGAGGCCCUUAAAGAAGCUGUCAUUUUGCCAAUUAAAUUCCCACACUUGUUCACAGGCAAGCGUACCCCUUGGCGAGGGAUACUGCUCUUUGGACCCCCUGGCACAGGGAAAUCCUACCUGGCCAAAGCUGUGGCAACAGAGGCUAACAACUCCACCUUCUUCUCUGUGUCCUCCUCAGACUUAAUGUCUAAGUGGCUGGGAGAGAGUGAGAGGCUGGUGAAGAACCUGUUUGAGCUGGCCAGGCAGCACAAGCCCUCCAUCAUCUUCAUCGAUGAGGUGGAUUCCCUCUGCGGAUCCCGAAAUGAAAACGAGAGUGAGGCUGCCCGAAGGAUCAAAACGGAGUUUUUGGUCCAGAUGCAGGGGGUGGGGAAUAACAACGAUGGGACUCUGGUUCUCGGUGCCACAAACAUCCCAUGGGUGUUGGAUUCAGCCAUUAGAAGGAGGUUUGAAAAGCGAAUUUAUAUCCCAUUGCCAGAGGAAGCUGCUCGCGCCCAGAUGUUCCAGUUGCAUCUCGGGAGCACUCCCUACAACCUCACGGAUGCCAACAUCCACGAGCUGGCCCGAAAGACAGAAGGCUACUCAGGGGCAGACAUCAGCAUCAUUGUGCGGGACUCCCUCAUGCAGCCCGUUAGAAAAGUACAGUCAGCAACACACUUUAAAAAGGUUUCUGGCCCUUCCCGCACCAACCCUAGCAUUAUGAUCGAUGACCUCCUGACCCCAUGCUCACCAGGGGACCCGGGGGCCAUGGAGAUGACUUGGAUGGAUGUCCCUGGUGACAAACUCUUAGAGCCUGCGGUUUGCAUGUCGGACAUGCUCCGGUCUUUGGCUACCACACGGCCCACUGUGAACGCAGAUGACCUUCUGAAAGUGAAGAAAUUCUCAGAGGACUUUGGACAAGAGAGUUAAAAGCCUCUUCACUUGGGUGAUAUUGUAGGUGGGAGGUUGAUUGGGCAAUCCACGGCACUCCCCAUGUCAGUGGCCAGGUAGGGCUCUGGGGUUCAUCCUGCAGCCACUACAGCAUCCCCUCUGCUGGCUGGCCACCAGCUGGGGAGCAGGCAGGAAGGGCGUCCCCGGCUGCAGAUGCCCUGAAGCACAUUCGGCACAUGGUGGAAUACUGGCUCCUCCUGGUUCCUCUUCCUCUCCUGGAUGCUCACCAACUCCUUUUCUAACCCCUCCCCCCUUUUUUUUUCUUCUUAAAGCCCCCCCCCCCCCCCCCCCAAAUUAAUGCUGCUUGGAUUUUCAUCUUGUUUAAAAAUAAAAAUCACCUGGAAGCGUCAAGGAGCGGGAGCAGCCCUGCUGUGGGGCAGCAAACAUUCAGAAUGGCUCGCCAGGCCUCCGUUACCUAUUCCUUGUAGACCCAAAAUUUGCUCCGGGAGAACAGACUGGCUGAUGCCCCUGGGUACCAAGUCUGAGCUCUGCCUGCAGAGAUCCCCCCUCAGGAGACCUGAUACGAAAGACAAGCCAUUCCCACCCUCCUAGGUUUGCAUUCAGGGCCUGUCUUCCUUGCAGGAGUUGUUUUUCAUGAGCACAAAGCUGUGUAAGUCCAAGUGAGUGAAGGCAGACAGGUGGGUUUUCACUGUAGCCUCUUCUUCCCUCUGAAUGUGAGAACACUGAGCCCAGCCACUUACCCCUUGGUCCCUGUUCUUAGAUGAUCUAAUAAAUCCUUUCCCUUCUUGAGCCACCUGAGUGAUCUCAUCUUUAACUCUUACCUGGGGCUCUCUGAAAGCCACUCUUGCUUCCAAUAAAAAGACCCUCUGGUUUUCUCUC